AUGUGCCGAAAUCCUAAAGCCACUGUUCAAAGAACCAACAAGAAAGUGAACAAUGACUCAACACUGCGCAUACAAAACCUCUCCAUCCUGAUCCGACAGAUCAAGUCCUAUUACCAGGAGACCCUCCAGCAGCUGGUGAUGAUGCCCCUCCCCAACGUGCUGGUGCUGGGCAGGAGCCCUCUCAGUGAGCAAGGUCUGGAGGAGAUGAGGAAGCUUUUGUUGCUGUUGCUUGGCUGUGCUGUCCAGUGUGAGAAGAAAGAGGAGUACAUCGAGAGGAUCCAGACCUUAGACUUUGACACAAAAGCUGCCAUAGCAUCUCACAUCCAAGAGGUGACCCACAACCAGGAGAAUGUUGUGGACCUGCAGUGGCUGGAGGGGGGCGAGCUGCCCCCAGAGGACCUGGACUCCUUCUCCAGGAACAUGGCCUUCCAUCUCAAACGCCUAGUGGACGAGAGAGACGACCAGCUGGAGACCAUCGUGGAGCUGACCCAGGAGAGGGACUGUGGACAGUACUCUCCCCAGCCGUUCUGUGCCCAGUCGCCCAACGACUCGCCCAGCAUGCGCCGCACAGAGAGCCGGCAGCACCUGUCUGUGGAGCUGGCCGACGCCAAGGCCAAGAUCAGACGUCUGCGCCAGGAGCUGGAGGAGAAGAGUGAGCAGCUGCUGGACUGCAGACAGGAACUGGACAUCAUGGAGACUGAGAAUAAGAGGGUUCAGCAAGAGAGCCUGCAGUUGUUGUCGGACGCCCGUUCUGCCAGGGCAUAUCGUGACGAGCUGGACGCUCUGAGGGAGAAGGCCGUCAGAGUGGACAAGCUGGAGAGUGAAGUGGGACGCUACAAGGAGAGGCUCUACGACAUUGAGUUCUACAAAGCCAGAGUAGAGGAGCUGAAGGAGGACAACCAGGUUCUGCUGGAGACCAAGGCCAUGCUAGAGGACCAGCUGGAAGGAACCAGGGCUCGCUCUGACAAACUCCACGAGCUGGAGAAAGAGAGCCUGCAGCUCAAAUCCAAGAUCCACGACAUGGAAAUGGACCGGGACAUGGACAGGAAGCGUAUUGAGGAGCUGCUAGAGGAGAACCUGGUCCUGGAGAUGGCCCAGAAACAGAGCAUGGAUGAGUCUCUCCACCUGGGGUGGGAACUACAGCAGCUCUCCAUGACCCCUGACCUGACAGAGGUGCCUCAGAAGUCCCUGGGCCACGAGGUGAAUGAGCUGACAUCCAGCCGGCUGCUGAAGCUGGAGAAGGAGAACCAGACCCUGCUGAAGACUGUGGAGGAGCUGAGGGGCUCUGCCAGCAAACACGUCCCCGCACGUCUCCUCAAGGCCGACAAGGAGAACCAGAGGCUCACCCAGAGGCUGGUGCAGCUGGAGAGUGAGCUGAACACAGAAAGGGAGAGUCUGCACAGUGCAGAGAGUCUCGGCACUGACCUGAUGAAGGAGAAGGCUCUGCUGGAGAAAACCCUGGAGACGCUGAGGGAGAAUUCUGAGAGACAGGUGAAAGGCCUGGAGCAGGAGAACGAGCAUCUGACCAAUACCGUCUCGUCGCUGAGGCAACGCUCCCAGGUGGGCCCUGAGGCGCGGGUCAAAGACGUGGAGAAGGAGAACCGCGUGCUGCACGAGUCCAUCCGGGAGACCAGCUCCAAGCUCAACAAGCUGGAGUUUGAGCGGAAGCAGCUGCGUAAGGACCUGGCGGUGUACAAGGAGAAGGGCGAGCGGGCAGAGGAGCUGGAGGUGGAGGCGCAGCGGCUGGAGAGGGAGAACGAGGCCCUGCAGAAGCGAGUAGCCAGCCUGGGCAUCACCUGUGACAAGGUGGCGUCUCUGGAGAAGGAGAACGCAGAGCUGGAGGCAGAGGGCCGUCGUCUGAAGAAGAACGUGGAAGGCCUGCGGAGCACCUCCUUCCAGCUGGAAGCCCUGGAGAAGGAGAAUGUCCAGCUGGACGAGGAGAACCUGAAGCUCCGCAGGGCUGCAGAGGCGCUCCGCUCGGCCGGGAACAAGGCGGCUCAGCUGGAACUGGAGAACCGGGAGCUGGAGAGCGAGAGGAGCCAGCUGAAGAGAAGCCUGGAGCUGCACAAAGCCUCCUCCAGGAAGACGGAGAGGCUGGAAGUGAGCUACCAGGGCCUGGACACGGAGAACCAGCGGCUGCAGAAAUCCCUAGAGAACAGCAGCCGCAAGAUCCAGCAGCUAGAGGGGGAGCUGCAGGAUGUAGAACAGGAGAACCAGAGCCUGCAGAGGAGCCUGGAGGAACUGAAGAUCUCCAGCAAACGUCUGGAGCAGCUGGAGCAGGAGAAUAAGACUCUGGAGCAGGAGAGCUCUCAGCUGGAAAAGGACAAGAAGCAGCUGGAGAAGGAAAACAAGAGACUGAGACAGCAGGCGGAGAUCAGGGACUCCAAGCUGGACGAGGACAACCUGAGGAUCAGCCACCUGGAGAAGGAGAACCGCUCGCUGGGUAAGGAGAUGACCUCCUUCAAGGACUCCUGCAACCGCCUCAAAGACCUGGAGAAGGAGAACAAAGAGCUGGUCAAACAGGCCACUAUAGAUAAGAAGACCCUGGUCACUCUGCGAGAGGAACUGGUGAGUGAGAAACUGCGGACUCAGCAGAUGAACAAUGAUCUUGAGAAACUGACCCACGAGCUGGAGAAGAUAGGCCUUAACAAGGAGAGGCUGCUGCAGGCCGAGCAGAGCUCUGACGAUGACAGGUACAAGCUGCUGGAGUUCAAGCUAGAGUCCACUCUCAAGUCUUCUCUAGAGAUCAAGGAGGAGAAGAUAGCUGCCUUGGAGGCCAGACUGCAGGAAUCCUCUAACCUCAACCAACAACUGCGCCAGGAGCUUAAAACUGUGAAGAAGAACUAUGAGGCCCUGCGACAGAGGGAGGAGGAGGAGGAGAGGAUGGUGCAGAGCUCACCCCCCAGAGGAGGGGACAGGGAGGACUCUCAGGCCGUCAACAAGUGGGAGAAGGAGAGCCACGAGACCACCCGGGAACUGCUCAAGGUCAAAGACCGCCUCAUCGAGGUGGAGAGGAACAACGCCACCCUCCAGGCAGAGAAGCAGGCCCUGCAUACCAACCUGAAGCAGCUAGAGACCCAGAGCAGUAACCUGCAGGCCCAGAUUCUGGCUCUGCAGAGACAGACUGCAUCUCUACAGGAGAACAACACCACACUACAGACCCAGAACGCCAAACUACAGGUUGAGAACUCAACGCUGAACUCCCAGAGUGGCGCUCUCAUGGCCCAGAAUGCCCAACUGGCGACGCAGCAGUCAAGUACGGAGAACGAGAAGGAGGGGGCGGUGAGGGACAGGGAAGACCUGAGGUCCACCUAUGAGAUGCUGCUAAGGGAUCAUGAGAAACUGGCUGCCCUGCAUGAGAGACAGGCCUCCGAGUACGAGGGCCUCAUCGGCAAACAUGGAGGCCUGAAGAGUGCCCACAAGAGCCUAGAGUCACAGCACAGAGACCUGGAGGACAGGUAUAACCAGCUGCUGAGGCAGAAGGAUCAGCUGGAGGAGCUGGAGAAACAGCUGAAGGCAGAGCAGGAGAAGAUGCUGUCUGAGAACAAGAGCCACGAGGCCACGGCUGCAGACUACCACAAACUGAAGGAGGAGAAUGAAAGGCUGAACAUGGCACACCGUCAGCUGGUGAAGGAUAAUGAGGGCCUGCAGGCCGACCAUAAGAACCUGAAGAGCCAGAUGAACGGUGCCAAGCUGGAACAGACCCGCAUGGAGGCAGAGUUCUCCAAACUCAAAGAGCAGUACCAACAGCUGGACAUCACCUCCACCAAGCUCACUAACCAGUGUGAGUUGCUGAGUCAGUUGAAGGGGAACCUGGAGGAGGAGAACCGUCACCUGCUGGACCAGAUCCAGACCCUGAUGCUGCAGAACCGCACCCUGCUAGAACAGACCAUGGAGAGCAAGGACCUGUUCCACGUAGAACAGAGACAGUACAUUGACAAGCUGAACGAGUUGAGGAGACAGAAGGAGAAGCUGGAGGAGAAGAUCAUGGACCAGUAUAAGUUCUACGACCCCUCACCUCCACGGAGACGGGGGAAUUGGAUCACCCUGAAGAUGAAGAAGCUGAUCAAGCCGAGGAGUCGGGAGCGGAUGCGUUCCCUGACGCUGACUCCCACACGCUCCGAGUCCAGCGAGGGCUUCCUGGGGCUUCCUCUGGACAGCCAGGACUCCUCCUCCAUAGGCUCUGGCUCCAACUCCCUGGACGACACGCUGACACACAAGAGGAGCAGCACUCUGAAAAGGUUGCCCUUUAUGAGGACCAGAUCGAAGGAGAAAGACAAAGAGAAGGCCAUCUACCGCCGGUCCAUGUCUAUGAACGACUUGCUACAGACCAUGGCCCUGGCGGGGGGUCAGUGGGCAGGCAGCACAGAGAACCUGGAGGCGCCCGUCGAGACCAACGGGGGCAGCAGUACCCGGCGAAUGAAAGAGCUGGGUUCCAUGGCCUACUCCACCAACGCUAUCAACUACGCCACCCUCACCCUGCCUUCAGGCAGCAGGGCCAAGAGGAGCCUGAAGAUCAAAGACAACGCUUCCUGUGAAGAUGUCCCAGCAUCCUCAGACGACCCCAUUGGGGUCAAAGGGCAAGGCACGUUGAACGGAAACCUCAGCAGGCCCCACAGUGAGAGCAGUGGGGAGUUCAGUCUCAGUCUGGACCAGGAGGAGUGGUCCAGCGGGAGCAGCCCUGUCCAGCACCCCCUGUCCCGCUCCUCUCACCAGAGCCCCAUGCUGCUGCGGAGGUCCCUGGACCCCCAGGCCGCCCAGGCCAGGAAGAAGACGAGCAACUCCUCGGGCAGCGCCAGUGAAGUGGUCUCUCUACAGCAGUUCCUAGAGGAGAGCACCGACCCUGCAGAGUCUGGCAGCCAAGAGAAUCUGACCGUUGAGUCUCCCCGCCUCUCUGGAGGCACUGAGCAUGUGCAGAGGGACCGGGCUGAGCGAGGCUCCACCUCCUGCACCGGCACUAAGGGGCGGGGCAUCCUGCGCUCAGCCAGUGGGAAGGCAGCGCCAGUGCACUCAGACGGCCGCCCCCCAAAGGGUGGCCAACCAGGUCGUCCCAGUCUACGGAAGGCAGAGAGUACGCGUGUGAAGGGCACGGUCCAGCCCCGGGUCGGCCUCUCCUCCCAGAGUAAAGCCAUGUCUGUGUCUGAGCGUCUGGACAUCUCCUCCACCUCCUUCUCCACGCUGCCCCGGGCCAGCAGCGUCAUCUCCACAGCUGAGGGCUCCACGCGUCGGACCAGCAUACACGACCUGCUGUCCAAAGACGCCCGGCAACCCGUGUCUGUGGACCACUCACCCUCCUCAAAGGCCUCGCCUCGCACCUCCACCACGCCCAGUGAGUACCCCCCAACCAGUACCCCAUCACAACACCCCAAUCACCAGUCCAUCCCCCUAGCCCCAGCCCUCGUGCCCCUGUCCCUGCCCAAGUCAGUCAGUAUGCCCUGCGCGGGCAGUCAGCAACCCCCCAAUAGUAAGGAAACUGAUCUCUCCAGCCUGGAGUCCUUCUUUGGAAAGUCCUUCACAGUAGAGUCAGUGUUUAUGGACUCCAUCUUCAGUGAGCCAACCUUUACAGGGGCCAAGAGCCACACCUUCCUCUCCCUCAACACCUCCCUGGUCAGUAACAUCAGCGGCCCCCCAGGCAAAACCCACCCCCAGCCCAACUCUGUUCAAACUGCCCAGAACCAACCAAAUGGGCAAAAGCCCUGCCCACCUGACCAGAAUGGGGAACAGGAGGUAAUUGACACCAAUCAUGUGCUUGAUGCUGACCAAUCCCCAUCCCAACCCCUUAGCCCAGAGGACCAACAAUCGUUGUGGUAUGAGUAUGGCUGUGUCUGAAUGUGUGGCGCCCUGGUCAGCUACUGAUCUGGGACCUGCAUAAGGACCAGUGAUGGUGGGGGAGAAAGAAGGAACUCUGCAUGCUUUAUCAAAGCACUAUCAUGCUAUGUUUUCUGUUGAGCUUUCAUGUUUUCAUGGCUGAUUUGUAAAUUCCUCACCUCUGGUUAGGUCUAUCCCUUUGUCUCGUGGAAGUGGGGUUCUCUGGAUGUCUUUGCUUCAAUGGUCCGUUCACACUAUUCAUUAAUCAAACCUCUUGUUUGGCUCACAUUUUAAAGCUAUUACAUGACUGCAUUAUGGGGGACAUGAAUAGCUGUUCUUGUUAUUUUAAUCAACAUUUACCAUUUAUUUUCCAAUCACAAAUGCAUCUUCAGAAAACAUGUUGCAAAGCUACAUUAACUAUCAUUUGGACAUUCAGUUCAUCUUUUUUUUUUUUUAUCUCCAUGUCAGAGGUCCUCCAGAGUUAGAAUGGAGCUCUGUUUAAUAUUAAAGUUAUGAGGCUUGUAGAACAUGUCCCAUGAUAAGCUGUCUGAGGAACAUAUUAACUGACAAUAAGCUCUAUUUAUGGAGCCAUUAUAUAAUCUAGCCCUUCAGAGGAAAGAGCUACUAUCUUUAACAGGAAACCAGUUUCUCAUCUAUUAAUAUGAGAUAAUAGAUUCUCUUUCCCUUUUUUUCUUAUUGGGUGUUUGGUAUGUGGGAGAAUCCUGUCCUCUCUAAAGUACUGUAUCGCAUUUCAUUACCAGUCUAAUUCUACUGUAUCGACCUCAAUGCAUAUUCACUGAACUGCAUGGCUUUAUUCUGUCUUUGUUUGUUCUGGACCUCUCAUUUUGAUUGUUGUGAUCAAAAUGGUUUUGUCUUUUUCUUUGGUGUGUUUGUGUUUUGUGCAUAUGACACGUUUUUUCUGUUCCAUUUAAUUUUCUGAACAAAUCCUUCUCAAUUGGGGUUAAGGGAUGGUUUUGGAAGAAACGUCAUUCACUAAAUGAUUUGAGAGGAAAUUUAAGUUGUAGAGAGAAUGUUGCCUUGCUAGUGUUAGUGGUGAGAGAAAUUUGCAAGUGAGAUGAAUGUGAUUGUCAGAUUAUUUUGUGAAUGAAGGUUCUUCUACUCUUGGUUAUCAUGGUAUUGGAUCUGGGUAAGGUGUCGUGAGAAUGUUCACGGCCACAAUACAAAUUCCAAUAGCACAAUAACUCAUUUUAGGUUAUGUAUUAUUGUAGACUGACUGGGUACACCAUGUACAAACGUAUAUUAUGAACCAUAUGAAGUUAUAUUCGAGGGCAGAAAGCACUCCUUUAUGCACCAGUAGUAGGAGUAGUGAUGUCGUUGGUAGUUUAGAUGUAUUUAUUUCUGCUUCGUUAUGUAUUUACCAUUUUGAAAUAGUUUUAUCGUAUUUAUCUUGUGUGUAUAAACCAUUAACUGCAGCCUUUAUUCAGAUGGAAUAUAACAUGCUUUUGUUCUGCAGAUGUGGAAGUGUUACAAGAGCGCAGAAAGUCAAAAAGCGGAACUGGGGAGCAACAAAGCUCCUAAACAUUAAUGAUGAGCUCAAGUGGUGAGUGCUGCUCUCCAAGUCCAACAGGGAGAUGGGGGGGGGGGGCUCCAUGGUAACCCAAAGUGGUGUAACAGAUGUCCCAUCCUGGACGUGCUUGCUUAUGCUACGCUGGUGUGUCGUCGUUGUCGUCCCCGGCCUGGCUGGUGCCACCCGGUAAAGGGCACAUGAAUGGACCGUCUGCAUGGCGUCUGGUGGAACACGCUUUGCCCAUUUUUGUGCCCAACCCCUAAUAACAGGAGGACCUGUCUGUCCUGCUACACGUAGAUGCACCCCCUCCCUCCCUCCCUGCUCCUCAGUGAUACUGUGUGUCCAUAGCUGGCUUUUCUUAACUUUUUUCUGUUGGUAUUCAGGAAAAAGCACCGGUGGCUCUAUACGAGGUUGUGGUCCCUUUGCGAGCUUGUCUAUCUGCAAUACUGCAUGGCUCUGGUGUCGUGCAGCUGAAACCCGUCCCCUUACCCUGACUGUCGAUGCAUGUAGACUGCUUUCCUGUGCGUCCAUAUCUACAUGUUCAUCUUCUUCUGUCAUUUCUGCCUCUAACCUUUUUCUGUCCCCUUCUCUUCCUCUCUUCACUCUGUCUGCCUCCAACUCAGAGGAAAGUGACCUUCAAGCUGUCUGACUUUGAAGCCUUUAAAAGUCGGUCUACUGAGAUGGUCUUCAAAGAGAAAAGCUUGUAGAAAAAAACAUGAAAAUCAAUUUCAAGAAUCGUUCAAUAGAGAAAAGUAAACGUCCUCUCUUUUUUCCUUGAAUCAAGGAAACAAAACUCAUAAAGGGAAAUGUCUAAAAUGUUCAAUUUCAUAUUCAUAAUCUCCAGCAACCACCCCAACAUCAACAUAUGUGAAAAUGGCGUGUUUAUAUGUUUUGUAGUAAAAAAUAGAGGAAGAAAUGUUUCCAAUGACAUCAUUGUUGUGCAUGGUGUGAUUUUUAACCAAUUACGAGUAGGUAUUGCUUACUAAUUGGUUGAUGUCAUUGGAAAAGAUUAUCUUUUUUACAUAUGUUGAUGUUGGGGUGGUGCUGGAGGUGAUGAAUAUGAUGUAGAAACAUGUUGAAAUUUCCCGUUAAGACAUAGGUAACUGCCAAAAUAAAAUAAAAGCCAACAAAGUGACUUAAUAGGGCGUUGGGCCACCUCGAGCCACCCAGA